UAGGAUAUAACCGGUCUCGAGGAGACGAUGGCUUUUGCUUCAGCCAUGCCAUUUCAGAUAUUUCUUCACAGCUUUUAAGUUGUUUUCAGCACCGUUUGAGCCAGCGCCUGAAGUUCCAGAAGGCAGAAUCUGAUCUGGAUUAUAUUCAACACAAACUGGAGUUUGAAAUAAUGAAAAGCCUUCCCGAUAAUCCAGCAGCAGAGGAAAACCCAGUUACUCUCUUAGAAGAACUCUCCGUGGUCAAGUCCCGUUAUAAAAUGUUGUGUGUGCAGCUGGAAAAAGUUUCCAUAGAGCAGAGAGAAUCCAUGAACUGCAUUCGUGCCGCUCUAGAAAACACAAUGAAGACGGUUCAGGCACUACAGCAACAUACUGAUCUUGAGCGCUUGCCUCUGUCAGAAGAAGAACAGGCUGCAGCACAACAAUUAACCUGCCAAACUGUUAAAGAAAUGGAAUCGCUAGCGGAAGAGCCAUUUAGUUCGGAAUCUACAGUCCCUGACUCAACUGAAGAAUCACAAUUCAAACCAUUGACUGAAGAAACGCUUAUGACUGUACGAAGGAGUAUCAGAAGUACUGUUAAGCUGGCAGACUUGAACAAUUUUUACAGGGAGUUAUUUAACCACUUUGUUAUCAAUAAGAACAGAGCAGCACUCAGCGUUUCACAGAUGAACAAGAUGAAUAUGAAAGCCACUGACUCAAGAGUACGCAUCUUGAAGGAACUCUCUGUUGUGGAACUUGACAAACAUGGAAAUGUUAAAUUAGUGGCGUAAAUGAAAGCUCAGUCCAUUCUUAUUUGACACACAAGCGUGUUGGUUAUAGCUCCUGGAUUAUUAACAAGGAAGUAUUUCUCUGAUGUCUGGGAGUUACCAGUAUACUGUUAGAAAGCUGUUAAUUUUUCUGUAUACAAAUUCUAUUUAUAAAACUUAAAAUUGCAGAGUUAAACAUUGAGGUUGGAAAUUUAUCUUGGACAUUUAUAGGUCUAUCGUAGAUGCAUUUUUGAAGAGUAUUGUUAACCGUGUGACUUUUCCAUAUUCCUGUUUACAUUCCUGAAUGGGUUUUUACAAUGAAUAACCCAAACCAUUUAAUUGUACUUACAUUCCUGAAUAAAUGAUUAAAGCUAAGGAGGCCAUAGAUUUAAUUAUAUAUGUUUUUAAAUGUCCGCUGGCCCCUGACCUUUUCGUUUUGCCUUGAUGUGCGCUGUCUUUGUUACAGUCCAAUGAAAUUACAGGAUCACAGAACAGCCGAGGUUGGAAGGGCUCUCUGGAGAUCAUCUAAUCCAACCCCCUGCUCUGCCCGGGGUCUCUGCAGGUUGCUUUGGGUCACGUCCGGUUAGCUUUUGGGCAUCUCCAAGGCUGGGGACUUCACACCCUCUCUGGGCAACCUGUUCCACUGUUUCACCACUCUCACAGUUAAAAAAAAAAAAAAAAAAAAAAAAAAUUUAGUGUCGAAAUAGAAUUUCCCGUCCUUCAAUUUGUGCCCACUGAGAAAGUAACCGACUUGCCCGUGUGACUCUUAUAAUUUGUGUUUACUACUGCACUACGGAAAGAGACAAUCCCAAAAUCAAAGCCAACACUUCAAGGAAAAUCCUUUCCCUGCAGAGGAUGCAGUGAUCAGUGCAGCCCUCCGAAUUCACAUGAGCCACCUGUUUUUAAGCACUGAACUCUUCUAUAUACUUUGAUAUAUUAUGCGAGUAACAUUUUUGUCUUCACUGUCAAAUAGACUGUCUUCUGAGUGAAAAAUCUGUAUAAACAUUUAAUGUA